GGCGGGGUGCACUGUCUUCUCCAUGCCCUCAGCGCUGCCCAAUCCGCUGCAUUCCCGCGUCCCGUGAUCAGUGGCCACGGGUUGUUCUGCACCACGACCUUUGAGAUGAGCUGUGCUCGCCCCACGGCACCUGGAGCCCAGCUGCCCCCCAGAGCAAUGGCAGCGGUGUUGGCUCUGCUGGUGGCCUGGCCAGCUGCCACUGCAGCAGUGACGGUGACACGGGACUCGCUGCUGAAUGUCUGCAUGGAUGCCAAGCACCACAAAACAGAGCCUGGCCCUGAGGGGCAGCUCUAUGGGCAGUGUGUCCUCUGGAAGGACAAUGCCUGCUGCACUGCCAACACCAGUCUGGAAGCUCACCAGGACCAGUCCUACCUGUACAACUUCAACUGGGACCACUGUGGAGCCAUGCCAGAGAAGUGCAAGCGCCACUUCAUCCAGGACACAUGUCUCUAUGAGUGUUCCCCUAACCUGGGGCCAUGGAUCGACCAGGCAGACACCAGCUGGCGGAAGGAGCGGAUCCGGGAUGUGCCACUGUGCCAGGAGGACUGUGAGCAGUGGUGGGAGGAUUGCCAGGAUGCUGUCACCUGCAAGGUCAACUGGCACAAGGGCUGGAACUGGACUACAGGCACCAACCAGUGUCCCAAGGGUGCCAUGUGCCAGAAGUUCAAGUUUGUGUUCCCCACGGCGGCUGCGCUCUGCGAGCAGGUCUGGUCUGGCUCCUACCGCUACACGUCCCACCACCGUGGCAGCGGCCGCUGCAUCCAGAUGUGGUUUGACCCCGCGCAGGGGAACCCCAACGUUGUCGUCGCCCAGUAUUACGCCCGUGGCGAUGCUCCCCCAAACUCCCUGCCCUCUAUCUUGCUGUCCCUGCUGCCCCUCACCCUGCUGGCCCUGCUCUGAGCAGGAGGGGCUACAGGCAAGAGCAGGCAGUAGAUGGUCAGGGGGGUCCCCAGGCUGCCUUGUGCCUCCCCAUGGGAUGUCCCCAAGCUGUGUACCCCCGCCCUGAGGCAUGUGGCCCAUGAAUAAAUGCUGCUGCCCUGCUU